GGGGUCGAUUCAUUUCAAAAUUUUGUUUAAAAACAAAAGUUUAUCCACACGUUUUUCGCCAAGGCAAGACCUCUUUGAUGAAAUCAGUUCACCAGCCUUGGAGAACAGCCGUUCUGACGGCACAUAUUAAUAAUGUUGCUGGAAUAGCCAAAAGCUUUUUGGCUUCCUGGCUGAGUUCCGAAAAGGCUUUUUCACAUUGACUCCACCAGGUCAGUGGAUUGUCCUCUCCCCUUCUGGACAGGAGCAUCUCAAAGUACCGAUUCAGUUGGACUGUGGCACUUGUUUGUGGCAGAGACGUUUGCCUAUGCUCCUCUGCUUGCACGUCGAAGGCUUGAAAAAAUGAUUUUUUUUUUUUGCCGAAGGUUCUGUUUCAGCAUCUGAAACCGAUGGUGGGCCUGGUGUUUGAUCGGGUCUGUCUCCUUGUUUUUCUCUAAUCACUGAAAGAAGGCGAGUUGCUAUUUUUUUUUUUCGGUGCGUCUUUACUAAAAGGAAGCCGUUUGAAACAGGGGUCGAGGAUAGGUGAUGCUGCCACAAAAUAUGUGUUCUCAAGUUGUGUGAAGCGCUUGCGAAGCUCACUCUGUAAAGGUACUGCCAGUGGCCAAUAUCGAUCGAGUACUGUAUCGGCUAAAAGAGCUCAGUACAGAUAGGUACUCAGUACUUAUUAAGGUUCGAACGAAGGGACGUGAUUUAAGUACAUUUGCAUCGGAUUUAACGAUGGGGAGGAGAAAACCCGGGUCCACGACACCAAUACCCGGGUAGCCGGUUUUGAGCUCUUUACCCAGUUACCCAGGUAACUACCCGGGUACUUGCCCAGCCCUACCUUGAACUAUUCCUACCACUCCCAAAUUGCUCUUUCAGAAGGUGCAUAGACCUAGAUCUGGAUUCAACUCCUACUUUCCGCAAAAAUAAUCUUGAAACUAUUUGAAUUCAGCGUAUUUUCAGCGCAAAAGGCUUUUUCUGGGUUACUCCCCAAAUUGGUUGAUCCAGGGGUGUUUGUCUGACCAGUUCAAAUUUGAACAUGGAUUAUGGCUUCCAGAUAAUCAAUCAAAAUUUGUCUCACAUUUGUACUGAUCUAUGCAGAAUUGUAACAGUUAUUAUUGUUUUCUUGCGGUCAUCGAGUCUCGGACAGUAGGUAUUUAACAGACUAAUUCAUUAAAAAAAAAUUGACAUGUUUUCCAGUCGUGUCACCACGUCAUUGAACUUUUUUCCCCUUUCUUUUAAACCUCGAAAAAUUUCUUCAUCAGGUGUCUGGUGUAAAGAACCUUCCGGAUAGGAAAAGUUGCCUUAAGAAAAGCAUCUGUUUAAUCUUAAUUAUUGUUUUCGGAAGAGCACAAUUUGGCAUGCUCUUAGAGUUAGAGCCGGCACUUAGCAUAAUGUGCUGCUAUCAGUAGACUCCACACAUAAAUCAUGUUUUUAACUGGGCAUAACAUUUUUGAGCACCCCCCCCUCGCAAAUAAAAACAAACAAUCAAGAACAAUCGAUCAAAAUUUCCCAAAGGGCGGAAAAAAAGGUUUUUAUUCGAUUCGAUUCUUCCAUUUUGACGAGCCCCUGAUUUUGCAAUGGUGCCAGAUGGUUUAAUAAACAGUGAUUCUUUUGCCCGCAGAUGUGACACAGAGGAGGAUGGCAGCCUCAAACUUCACUACCACAGUUCACGAUCGGGGUACCAUCCUCUGGUCAAAGGGCUGGUGUGCGCUGUGGCGCGAGAAAUCUUCAACCAGACAAUCGAGAUGACCUUAAUCAGCCGGUCGAGGGAAGAAGUGGAUGACGGAAGGGACCAGGAACACGCCAUCUUUCACGUAACCAUCAAAGACCAUCAACCGAUGGUCAGUCCACAGUCACAAGGAACGACUAUAAUGUCAAAAACAACCAGUCCUCAGUCAAAGGAAACGACUUGCUGUGGGGCCGAAAGAAAGGAUAUAUCUAGUCCCGAAUCAGAGAAACAGGACAUACUUCAGAAGUCGUCGACCAAUAUGAUCAAUCGAAACAAAAGUGGCUCAACCAGCAACAACGCCAACGGUCCGCAGCCUUCCUCAUCCUCUUCUUCUACCCGUCCGCCAGUUUGCCCGAUGUCAGCGAUAUGCAAUCCGCAAACGACACAGCUGUUUCCAUACCCCGAACCAGUAAAGAACUUGAACGAAUAUAAAGUAAACUCAACCUCAAGCCGAGCGGAUUUACAACAUCGGGACGUACACUCCAAGGACCGAACCGCUGCAGAUUCUCAAAAUGUGGAUACAAACGGUAUUGAUUCUGAUUUCAAACAAAGACAAAGUGUGGUUUCUAACGGUGAAGAUAUUGAAUUCGAACAACGAAAUGGCGUUUGUUCAGACGAUUUUGCUCUGGCAGAUUCCGAGUUACUGGCAGCGAAGGUAGAGCCACACGACACACUGAAUACUUCAAAGCAGAUCAUCCCUGUGACGUCACAAAAUGGCGUUGACACCGAAGUAGCAGAUAUGGGCUUGUAG